AUGUCUCUCCCCUGGAAACGCCUAAUCCGUUUCAUCGCCACGGACGGCCGCACCCUCCGCGGCGAACCCAUCCUCCCCACCCCCGACACUGAUCUGGGCUUCAUCACCGAGGCAGAUAAGUUGCAAGCACGGGUUAUCGAGGGCACUGACAUCUACGAUACUACCGGCGCAACACGUGUGACGGAUGAAGUUGUCACUGUAAAAACUAUGCUAGGCCCAUUGGCACAGGCAGAUGUGCCCAUACUUCGAUGCGUGGGGUUGAAUUAUGCGAAGCACAUCAAAGAAGCAGGCCGCACCCCGCCCCCGUUCCCCUUCAUAUUCUUCAAACCCACCACAACAAUCCACGACCACAACGUCCCCGUAACAAUCCCACAAAUCGCCCAAGACUCCCAAGCCGACUACGAAGGCGAACUCUGCCUGAUCCUCGGCCGGGACGCAAAAAAUGUCUCUAUCGACAACGCCCUCUCUUACAUCGGCGCCUACACUGUCGGCAAUGACAUUUCCAGCCGAAAAUUGCAGCGCGAUCCGGCGUUCGCUGGCCGAGUGCCGCAAUGGGGGUUCUCGAAGGGAUUUGAUACGUUUGCACCGCUGGGGCCGUGUUUGGUUGCGGGGAGCGAGAUUGCUGAUCCGAGGGAGUUGUUGUUGAAGACUGUUGUUGAUGGGGAGGUUAGGCAGGAGGAGGGGGUUAGUGAUUUGUUGUUUGAUUGUGCUUAUUUGGUUAGUUAUUUGUCGCAGGGGACGACGUUGCAGAAGGGGAGUGUUAUUAUGACAGGGACGCCUGGUGGUGUCGGCGCUGGUAUAAAUCCGCCCAAGUAUCUUGUGCCGGGGACGCAGAUGGAUGUGUCGAUCUCGGGCAUUGGAACUCUGCGGAACAAUGUUAUUUUUGCCGAGGAGUGA